AUGCAUAACAUCUCAAAUUCUAAACUUCAAUUAGAAAAACUGGAUGGUCUGGAAAUUCAACAGCUCUCAUUCAAUAAUGAAUUGUUUCAAUAAGUACGAUAAAUUUGGAAAGACAAUCACAUUCCAGAUUGCCACCAAAAGUACUUUUACAACAUACUCAAAACCCAUGAAUCUCAAGCUGUCACUCUGAUGCGCUAAGAAAUGGAGAGUUUUUAAAAUAACCAUAGCGUAGUUAAAACAUUGCAUCAAUUGACCUUAAGCAGAGAACAUUGCCUCAAAGAAAUAUAAAAGACAAGAAAUAUUGGUCAAAUGGAUUAUGUCAGGCUGAUUUCUAAAUUAAUCUAUGAUCUCAGAAAAUUAACUUACAAUUUGAUUGAGUUCCAUCGUAAAUGGAGGAAUGCCCUAAGUUCUAAGUAUCAAUACAAUUACACAUGGAUCAUCAAUCGCAGAGAUUACCUACUCAAGAUUCGUGACGACUCGAAUCUCAUUUAAAUUACCUAUCCUAAAAUGUUAAGUUACUUCAAUCUAAAAGAAAAGGACAUCUUUUAUCUGAGUGUUAUUGAGUAAGCUCAUACAGAGAAUGUCGAAUACUAUGACUUUCUGGCAUAACACCAGAUAAAGAAGUCUUCAGUACAGAGAAUGAUGGAUUUGCAAAGAUAUUUUUAAGAAUUAACUGACGAGUCUCAUCUAGUUGAAUCAAAUUAAAUGAUGGAAACUAUGUCAUUCAGACCUAACACAUCCAAAUUGCUCCAUUCUUAAAGGGCUAAGGUUGACAUACCUGCUGUCACCCAAUUAGAUGAUUAUCCUAGGACUAUGCUAUAUGUAAAUGAGGAUCUUGAGUUUACAAUACAUCACUAUCCAGAGAGAGAUAUCGAAAAAGUGAUUACUUAUUGGCAAAGCAAGAAUAUAAUUGAGUUGAAUGAAAGUUUCAAAUGCCCCAUAGCUCAUCUUAAAGAUGUGAUAUUGUUUUGGCAGGAGGCCACAAUCAUUUAAAUAAAUCAAUCUGCUUUGUUGGUGUGUUCCAUUGAUCAGGAUAGCAAUUUUAGAAAAUGGAUAAUUCAUUCAAUAUACGUCAUUCAAGAGUAACAACAACAGCCUUGGCAACAGUAAUUAAAUCACAUCGUGUAAAAUUUAAUAAAAAUGCUAAUUUAAAAAGGAGACAACUUUGGUUCAUUACUCAUUUCAUGUAGUAAUGACAAACCAAUUAAAACUUAAUUGCAUAAUUUAAAGUUCAGUUUUCUUAAGAACCAUUCUUAUAACCAAUUAAAUGUUUCCUUUUAUGAAUAGAAAAUACCCUAAGGUUAAGUCAAUGCCAAAGAUAGAAGAUUCUUUACUCCAUUGACUUUGAGGAUGGUUCGUGUAUUUGCAACUCAGACUCAAUCGUAACUGAUAACUGAUGAGGAGUUGUUGGUUGCUUAAUUCGGUGCAAAUUUGGGGAAGAACAAUAUCAUUCAUUUUGAAAACAAUAUUACUGCUUUGCAACCUAUUUUGUCUAAGUCAAAAUUGUAUGGUCAGGAAUACGUGUUGAUUCAUAAACUAUAAGAUAUCAAGAACAGAUUUUCGGUUGAAUUUAACUCUCCUAUUGAUGGGCCUGUGUAUUUCUAAAACUUUGCAAUCAAACUCAAUUUUCAAUACUUCUCAAGUGAAAUCCACCGUAAUACCAAUGCUCCCUACAUUCGUUUGAUUUCUCAUCCACCAUUCAAUGAACAAGAGGGUUCCAUCUUGGAGUUGACAUCAAGUGAUGCAAAUAUGAAACAACGCAAAAUCUACCUGGUCUCUACUAUCAAUCCUAAUAUCAAGAUAUACAUAUAUGAAGUACAAUAGAACGAAAUUACGAAAUCGAAUAUCUAAUAAAACAUAAAUUAAAUCUUUGAAAGGUUUGACAAAAAGUAGGAAGGCCUACAAAAUAUUUGGUUGCCCUUCUUCAAAGCAACAGGUAAUCAACUAACAUUGCCCAAUUCAAUAGUGAAUGGGUUCUUUUAAAAUAAUACUGAAAUCUCCUUUUGUUAUCACAGAAUCCCUGGAUUUCAUUCUAUUAGUAAUGUGCAUGAUCUAGACAAGGUGAUAUAACCACCCUUUUUGAUAGGGUUCGUUUAGAAUGACAUUGAAUAAAUUAAUAAGCCUUUAUUUUCAAUGUUGGUGGAGAAGGAUUGCAUAAUCAGGAGUCCUGAGAGGAUUUUGUAAGGGAAUCUACAAGGUUAAUAGCCGUUGCCCUUACUUUUGCAACCAAGAGACAUAGAUGGGAAGAUAAAUGAAUUAUUGAAAAUAACAGUGUUGGAAGUUUAGAAAUCUUUCAAUUCUGAUCCUUAUAAUUUAUCUUAUAAAUUGAAGUUUGGACUGGAAGCAGCACUAUUAAAUUUGUAUAAUGGUUAUGCUCUCAUUUAUGUUGAUGAGAAUCAUUUUCAUGAGAAGAAAUGGAUUAUUGAGUCAAUAAUGACCAACAAUCUUGAUAAUUUGUAAGGAAUGUUGAUGAAAUUGAGUGAUUACAUAUUCAAUGCAGACAUCUACGCAAGUGAAAUCCAAAUUAGUUAAAAUCACUAUUCCGAUUAAGGAGAGUUGGUGGCCAAUAAGUAGGUUGUGGAUUCCAUCAAGAGAGCCAAGUUCAAGUGGAGACUCGUCGAUAAUGAUGCCAAGAGUCAACAGAGGAAAACUGUGUAUUAUUUAAAGAGACCAGUCUAGGAUUUUCCACCAAAAAAGGAGAAUUAGAUUUCCAUACAGUUUUAGAAUUAUUAUGCAUUGUAAUAGAGUGAAUAGAGAAUUAAGACAGAGAAUAAAUUAGAAUAUUUCAAAAUCAAAGACCAUUAUUAGUUAUUUGAAGAUUGUUUUCAAUUUCAUUUAGAGAGUGAUUUCUAAGAUGAGAAUCCAUUUUUAAGAAACAAAUUUCAGUAAUAUCAGGGUUCGUUAGCAAACUCAGAUUUUAAAGUGUUGUUGAAUUAGAAUGAGUUGAAAUCCCAGCUCUAAUUUGAUGUGAAAUUGCCGAAUUUUGAUCCACACCUAUAGAUGGUUAAUGUGCUUUAAAUGAAUACACAAUUAAGGUUGAAAAGACAGAGGCAGGUUAUGAUUGGCCAUUAGAAAUACAUUGAAAUCCCUAACUUAAUGGGGACGCAGUAGAUAUACUAGGCUGAUUUAUAUUAGAAGAACUUGAGAGUUUUCUUUGUGCCUACUUCAGAUUCACUUUCUUAUUUCUACUUCAUUGAGUUGCACAACUAGCAGAUGGCCAAUCAAGUUAAGUAAGAUUAUUUGAAUAUAACGACAAUGAUCUCUUAGUCAUUUCCGUUUAAAUACAAUCACAGUUGUAAGUCAUUGUUAAUACAGCAAUUCGAAAAGAAGUCUUAGAUGACCAAGGAUUCGAAUUUCUUGUUUAUUGAGUUUGCUUUGAGCAGUCAAUACACGAUAGAACCAUAGGUGGUAUUGGAGGAGAAGAGUGAUGAUUAAUAAUGGGUGGUGUAAUUGCCAAUAGUGUGUGGAGUACUGCAAACCAAUGUGAGAAAUCAAUACGAGAGACCAUUAAUUGCAUGGAUAAUCGAGAAUUGA